AUCUGAUCAACGGUGAGGCGGAGCAUCUGCAACCCAUACUCUGAUCAAUUGACAGCCAAGAAUUUCUGUCGUGAGGCGCCAUGUCUGAAAGCAUGCAGAUACCUGUCCGAUCCGCAAAAAGCGGAAUCCCAUCCAUUUUCUGGCGUCCAGAGGUGGCACGGUUUAUCUUUAACAACCUUCCUCGUCAUUCUCUGAAGAACGUCCGUCUGACAUGCAAAUGCCUCAAUGACCUGGUCGUUUCACCUCUUUCGCAUCUCUUCAGCCGUGUAUACAUGUCCGCACAACGAGAGGACCUCAAAGUUUUCGCGAGGAUCUCCCAACAUCCUCGGAUUGCGGCAUGUGUGCGGGAGCUCAUCUGGGAUGUCUCAAUAUUCUAUGGUAUCGAUGAUGACUUGUAUUGGCUAAGCUGGAUCGGUAGAGAUUUCAGAGUUCUGACAUGGGCACUGCCCCAAUUGACAGGAAUAAAACAUGCGACCCUCACAAGCCUUAUGUCUCGAUGGAUCACCAUGGAUAGCGACAACACAAGUCCUGCACCGGCACUGUUUGGCCACUUGGUGGAUGAGUCUCAAAUCAACCAUCUACAUCCGACGCGACCAUAUAUCUGCUCAGUCGAAUCUCCUGCUAUGCGCCACUGGAACCCACGGGCUCGCUCUUGGAGGAAAGCCCCGGAGUGGAAUGAAGCUGUUCGGCCACUAAUGAACUCGGACGAUGACGAGAUUUACCAUUAUAUUACACAACUUCUUCAUAGUCCGGAGGACAUAGAUUGCCGGGGGGAAGCUUUCAGUAAUAUUCACGAUAGACAUGAUCGCGCUCAAAUCUUACUGCUGACAGCUUGCCGUCGCGCGAACAUCAACCUUCUGUCAUACACUGUCGAUGCACCCCACAUCUCUUGCGAUCGAACGGACGAAAAGCCCUCGAUUGAACCAUUCCCAGGGAUUGCCUUCUCACCACCUGUGUGUUCUGCCCUGAUGAAAGCGGGUCUCUCGGAGCAUCUUCGAUCGCUCAGACAUCUAUCCCUAUCCCUUGAUGCUGGAACAUGGUCCAAGUGGUAUCAUGCCUUCUACACCGAAGAUCUUCAGACUCUCGAGCUACGGGUAUAUAAGGAGGCUUUUGUCGACAGGGAGAUCUUUAAGGCCCCAUUCUCAAAGCUGAAGAGAUUAGUCCUAGGGAAUUUUAAAAUCUCGGGGGAGGGUUACGGUUUCCUACUAAAUUGGUGUACAGAAAACAAGGUCCAGACGCUGCACUUGAUUGAUCCUGUCUUUGAAUCAGAGAAGAGGUGUCCAGCUAGGAAGCGCUUCUUGGAUCUUCUAAACAGAGACAUUCUGUACAGAAACAAAAGUUUCGUAUUCAAUACAGACCGUCCGGGCUACAAAAAUUGGAAAAGGCGGGAGAGGUUCAUGAAAGAAGUUCAUGAUAUCAGGACUCGUUAUUCUAAGAAAGGGCGUUCUAUGGACUUUGAUGCGAUGCCAGUAGUCCAAGAUAUUUCACUAAACCAGGAGUCCGAGUCUGGAUCCGGAGGUGGUGAUCAUAUUUCAGACUGCUCCAGUGAGGGGGAUGACACAAGUGAGAGUGAUAAAUCCAUGGAGACUGGUGACUCUGAUGCAAGCGACGACUCGGAUGUAAUGGAGGACUCUGGUGGAGAAGAAGGAGAAGAAGAAGAAGGAGAAGAAGAAGAAGGAGAAGAAGAAGAAGAAGAAGAGGAAGAGGAAGAGGAAGAGGAAGAGGAAGAGGAAGAGGAAGAGGAAGAGGAAGAGGAAGAGGAAGAGGAAGAGGAAGAGGAAGAGGAAGAGGAAGAGGAAGAGGAAGAGGAAGAGGAAGAGGAAGAGGAAGAGGAAGAGGAGGAGGAAGAGGAUGAAGGAGAAGGAGAAGAGGAACCCAAUCAAGGCUCCGAAGAGGAAGACUCCGAGGAAGAAGAUUCUCAUGGAGACGACGAGUCCGAUGCGAUGGAUGAUUCUCAAGAAGACGACAAAUAUGAUGAAUGUGAGGACUCCAGCGAUGAAAUGGACAUCGAUUUAACAUCCAAGUUCGAAAGUCUAGCAAUACAACCAUCGGACUCUGACUACAGCGAGUCUGAUACCGACGAUUCCAGUGAGAGCGAUGACGACGAAAUUGACAUUCAACACGAGAUUCCUUUUCCCCGGCUUCGACCAGAUGUGGCUUACGAUCUACUCUCUAUUGAAGGUGAAUCGUUUGAAGUUAGAAUCGCGCAGUGGCGAUCUGAGCCACUUCGUGUUCUUAUUGAUGGGUAUCGCACUAAAUGUUGAGUACGCUUGGUCAUGUAUAUUUGUGUUGUGAUUGUUCACCUGAGGUACAUAAUUUGUUAG